AUCAACAAUAUUAAAGAAGAAGCCUCUGAAGACCAGAAUCCUAAUGGGUACCAGCAAGAGCUGCAGCUACUCUACAUAAAGAAGGAAAAUGAAAUAAUCUGCAGCAGCCAGGAAGGAGAACAACUAAAUUUCAAGGAAAAGACUGAAGAUACCAGGUUUCCAUUAACUGUUGUUCAUAUGAAGAGUGAAGCGGGAGAAGAGAAACCUCUAUGUUCUUACUUUCCUCAACAGCAAAAAGAAGUCAACGUAUUUCCAACAAACAUAGCAAUCAACCCUAUGGAGAAAUCCUUUGGUUGUGAUGCAUGUGGUAAAAGCUUUUCCCAUGAGUCACAUUUAAAAGAACACAUGAGAAUCCAUACAGGAGAAAAACCUUUUAGUUGUGAUAAUUGUGGAAAAAGAUUUACCAUCAAGUCACGGUUAAACAUACACGUAAGAAGCCACACAGGAGAGAAAUCCUUUGGUUGUGAUGCAUGUGAGAAAAAAUAUUUCUCAAAGUCAGACUUAAAUAAACAUCUUAGGGUCCACAUGGGAGACAAACCUUUUGGGUGUGAUGAUUGUGGAAAACGAUUUUUAAUAAUGUCACAUUUAAAUACACACAAAAGGCGCCACACUGGAGAGAAACCGUUUGGUUGUGACAUAUGUUGUAAGAGAUAUUCCUUAAAGUCAUGUCUAAAUAGACACAUGAGAAGCCACACGGGAGAGAAACCUUUUGGCUGUGAUGAUUGCGGAAAAAGAUUUUCCAUCAAGUCAACGUUAAACAUACAUAUGAGAAGCCACACAGGAGAGAAACACUUCUGUUGUGAUACAUGUGGGAAAAGAUGUUUCUCCAAGUCAGACUUAAAUAAACAUGUUAGAGUCCACAUGGGAAACAAACCAUUUGGUUGUGAUACUUGUGGGAAAAGAUUUUUUAUCAAGUCACGUUUGAAUACACACAAAAGAAGCCACACAGGAGAGAAACCUUUUGGUUGUGACAUAUGUUGUAAGAGAUAUUCUUCAAAGUCAGAGCUAAAUAGACACAUGGGAAGCCACACAGGAGAUAAACUCUUUGGCUGUGAUGAUUGUGGAAAAAGAUUUUUCCUCAAGUCAGUUUUAAAUAGACACAAGAGGAACCACACAGGAGAGAAGCCUUUUGGUUGUGAUGAUUGCGGAAAAAGAUUUUUCAUCAAGUCACGUUUAAAUGCACACAUGAGGACCCACACAGGAGAGAAACCUUUUGGCUGUGAUGAUUGUGGUAAAAGAUUUUCCAUCAAGUCACACUUAAACAUUCACAUGAUAACCCACACAGGAGAGAAAUCGUUUGGUUGUGAUGCAUGUGAGAAAAGGUAUUUCUCAAAGUCAGAUUUAAAUAAACAUGUUAGAGUCCACAUGGGAGAUAAACCUUUUGGUUGUGAUGAUUGUGGAAAAAGAUAUUUCAUUAAGUCACAUUUAAAUACACACAUGAGGAGCCACACAGGAGAGAAACCUUUUGGCUGUGAUGAUUGUGGUAAAAGAUUUUCCAUCAAGUCACACUUAAACACUCACAUGAGAACCCACACGGGAGAGAAAUCAUUUGGUUGUGAUGCAUGUGAGAAAAGAUAUUUCUCGAAGUCAGAUUUAAAUAAACAUGUUAGAGUCCACAUGGGAGACAAACCUUUUGGUUGUGAUGAUUGUGGAAAAAGAUAUUUUAUAAAGUCACAAUUAAAUAUACACAUGAAGAGCCACACAGGAGAGAAACCUUUUGAAUGCAAUAUAUGUUGUAAAAGAUAUUCCUCAAAGUCAGAACUAAAUAGACAUGUGAGAACCCACACGCGAGAGAAACCCUUUGAUUGUGACAUAUGUUCUAAAAGAUAUUCUUCAAAGUCAGAGCUAAAUAGACACAUGAGAAGUCACACUGGAGAUAAACCUUUUGGCUGUGAUAUAUGUGGGAAAACAUAUUCUUCAAAGUCAGACUUAAAUAGACAUACAAAAAUCCACACCAGAGAGAAACCCUUUUGUGUUGAUGCUUGUGGAAAAAUAAGAUAGAACUUAAACAGUCCGCUAUUGUCCCACAAUGAGGAACCUAGGCACGGCCGUGGCAAAAAGACAGAGCUAUUCACCAAAUCAUUAAGAAAAAACCUAAAGUAAAGUUUGUUCUAAAGGCCAUUAUAAACGAAAAUAACCAGAGUAAAUGUUUCCCCAUUAUUGAUAAUAUGGCAUAUUCAGGGAAAAUAAAAUAUUAAAUAUAGAGUGAAUGAUUUUUCUGGAAAUGUAGGUAAGAAAUGCCUGA